AUGGUUGGAUUGCCUGCAAGAGGAAAAACUUAUAUAUCACAAAAAGUAUGUAGAUAUCUUACAUGGUUAGGCAUAAAUACCAAGGUAUUCAAUGUUGGUAAUUACCGCCGUAAACUAUAUGGCGCAAAGCAAGAACAUACAUUUUUUGAUCCAAGUAACCCUGUUGGUAUUCAACAAAGAAAGGAGGCGGCGAGUGCAGCUCUAGAAGAUAUGAUUCGUUGGUUCAAUGAAGAUCAAGGCAUUGUUGCUCUAUAUGAUGCAACAAACAGCACAAAACAAAGAAGACAAUGGUUACACGAAAAGUUAACGAAAGAGAAUAUCCAGGUGUUUUUUAUCGAAUCCAUUUGUCAAGACGAAUCUAUUAUUUUGGAUAACAUCAAGGAAGUUAAAUUAACUUCACCUGAUUAUGCAAACAUUGAUCCAGAGGAAGCUGUAAAUGAUUUCAAGGCAAGAAUCAAUCAUUACAAAGACCAAUAUGAAACUGUAACAGAACAGGACUACACCUACAUCAAGCUGAUCAAUGUCGGAAGUCAAGUCAUUAUUAAUAUGAUCCGUGGUUAUCUGGAGUCUCGUAUUGUGUAUUAUCUGAUGAAUUUACAUAUUGCACCCAGAAAAAUAUAUAUGAGUAGACAUGGUGAAUCAAUGUUUAAUGUCCAGGGUAAAAUUGGCGGUGAUUCUGCUUUAUCGCCAAGGGGUUUACUCUAUGCCAAUAAAUUACCUGAUUUAAUCAAGCAAAAUUUGGGUGACAAGGAAUUAUUUGUUUGGACUUCAACUAUGAAAAGAACUAUACAGACAAGUGGCCUGUUAAACUAUCCAAAAAUGAACAGAAAGGCUUUGGAUGAAUUGGACGCUGGUAUGUGUGAUGGUAUGACAUAUGAAGAAAUCGAGGAAAAAUACCCUGAAGAUUAUGCUAACCGUGACGAGGACAAAUUUAACUAUCGUUAUAGAGGUGGUGAGUCCUAUAGAGAUGUAGUUCUUAGACUUGAACCGGUAAUCAUGGAUCUUGAGCGUCAGGGAAAUAUUCUUAUCAUCGGUCAUCAAGCCAUUUUAAGAUGUAUUUAUGCUUACUUUAUGAACUACAAUCAAGAAGAUUUACCCUAUAUCAAGAUUCCUUUACAUACUGUGAUUGAGUUGACACCAAAAGCAUAUGGAUGUGAUGAAAAGAGAUUUAAAGUUGAUAUUGAAGCUGUCGAUACCCAUCGCCCAAAGCCACUUAAAAAGAAGGUAUCAAAGCAUGAUUUAAGUAACGGAAACGGUGCAUUAUUAGGAGCAAGCGGUGAAAUUGUAAACGAAAUGCGUAGCCCUAUCUUACCAAUCAAUCCUCAACUUUGGCCUUCAAAUGAUGAUCAACAUAAAAAAGUUUCGUCGCAAUUACAACAGGAAAUCCCUACUUUAUCUUUAAAAUAA